GAUAACCAUCACGAGUCGGCGGGAGCUGGUUCUCGCCACCAGAAAAGCAAAAAAGGCCGACACAAGAAGCCGGUAAUAUCGCACCCGCCACCUCCAUGGCUGCAGGAUUUGGACUCGGGGAUUUUGCCGAAAUUCGGCUUGCUAGGACGAGGACCUACCUCGUCUGUACCAGGAGGUAAAGCCAAUGCAGGUUCUGGAAACUACAGCAAGCCCCCCUUCAAUCCCACAGCCCGGAACAAGAUGUCCAACAUGCUGGCUUCCGCUUCCGCGUCGAUUCAAACUUCGCAAUUCCGCAACACGAAGCCACGACAACCCACGAACAGCACCGAC